CUGUUCGGGCUCGCGGCCCGCUCACCGAGACCGAGCCCCUUCCCUUCCGCCGGCCUCCCCCCCCCCCUGGCGCCAUGCAGGGCUCCCCGGUGGCGGCCUCCUGCUCCAGCCGCCGCCCCUCGGCCGCGCGUGGCUCCUUCUGCUCGUCGCUGUCCUCGGCGCCGGGGUCUCCGGCGUGGCCCGCCCAGCCGCCCGCGCCGUCCUCGUCGGCGGCGUCCUCGGCGGCGACGACGCCCGCCCUGAGGCCCGUGGGCAGCGCGAGCCCGCAGCUGCUGGGGGAGCCCGAGGGCGGUGCGCGCCGCAGCCCGAAGCCCGGCGGCUGGCCCGGCGCGGGCCGCGGCACGCACGCGUCGGAGGUGAAGGCCCAGCGGCUGAAGGCCACGAAGAACCGCAUGCGCAGCGAGAUGCGGGACAAGGGCAACCUGCUCUUCGCGGACCUGCUGCACUGGCUGAAGAGUGUGGAGGCAGUCCCGCUCGACCGCCUCGCGGCCCUGGUCGAGGAGGUCGACCUCCCCCAGCUCUGCCGGCUGGACUUCUGGGGCCUGCCGUGCCCAGGCUGCGGGCUGCGGCACCGCAGCGGCGCGGCUGCCGCGGGGGCCUUGCCGCAAAGCCCAGCGAGGCUGUGGGGGGGUGCCCGGCAGCUGGCGGCGAAGGCGUCGCCCUGGAUGCGGAGCCCCCCGCAUUUGCCAGGGUUCAGCCGGCAGACCCUGGAGGAGGUUCACCGAGCGCGUUCCGCUACUCGCAAAGUGCCCACUCGCAAGCGUCGGAAACAGAAACAGCUUUCCUAGGUAUGUAACGGAUCGUAAAUCCCCCGCGGCGGAUCCAGGCCAUCCGCAAGCAAUUGCUUUGCGAGUAGUGGAGCGCGCUUGCCUGGAGGUGGACAUGAUCUGGGCGGCGAUGCCCGACGAGCAGAAGCCGACCUUCGGCGACAGGGUGCAGUUCGUGCUGCUCGGAGACGCCGUGAUCUGGGGCCGAGACCUGGGCGAGGAGAGCGGCUCCGUGUUUCGGUCGUUUUUGGCCGACGCGCAGCGCGGCGCGAACGAGCUCGAGGACUUCGCGCUGCCGCCGCCCGCAGCCGACGCCGUGGUCGACGCGGCGUCGUGCACGGAGGACACCUGGCGGAGGAUACUCGCGCUGCUGCCCCUCCGCGAGGCCGCGCGCGCCGGGCUGGCCCUCCUGGCCUCCCCGGCGCUCCGCGAGUCCAUCGGCGGGGCGUGGGACCCGCACGCCGUCCUCGACGAGCGCUGGCCGCGGGGCGGGGGAGGCCUCGGCACCUUCCUGGGCGCCGCCCGCGCCGCGCACCUGGCGGGCCAGGUGUUCUCCCUGGUGCCGCCGCUGGCCCGCGAGGGCGCCCCGCGCCAGGGGGCCG